AUAAAAACUUAAAAACAUAGGCUUCGCAGCUGGCCGUCAGCAAAAAAGUUUAUCUGAUAAACUUAUUCCGACAAAGCAUAAAGAUAAGGAACGGAGGAAAACCUCUGUAGUUACGUGAGGUUGCCACAAUACAUUGCUAUCUUCCUAAAUGGAGAACUCGAGUCUAACUUUAGCUCUAAAUUCAUCAGCGUCAAAAUCAGGAUGCGAUGAAUGGUUGGACAUGAUCUUUUUAGUGUUAGACGGAUUAUUAUCAGGCGUAAUUAUAAUCGGCAAUGGAGUAACUUGUCUUAUUCUCCUGAGAAACAGCCAUUUCAGAAGCUGUUUUAUGAACACUUUCCUCGUAAGUUUGGCUGUUGCGGAUAUUUUAAUGGCUGUGUUUGUGAUGCCGGGUGAGGUGAUCUUUUGUACAAGUUGCAGCCAACCAGUCAGCGAAUAUUGCUGGCUAAUCGGUUCCGUGAGAUAUUUUGUUUUUUCGGCAACGAAACUCAAUCUGCUCGCCAUUACCUACGACAGAUACACAGCGGUGAUGAGUCCUCUAAGGUACAACGCAAAAAUCAACUUGAAGAAAGUCAUCUCAAUUCUUUCAUUAGUAUGGACGUUUCCCAUGAUUUUAACACUGAGCCGUUUAGUUUGGUGGAUCAAGCUACCUCGGCAUCAAGCUUUAUACGCGGACCGUAUCUUUAACACGUGUCUUAUGUUCUCGCUGGUUACUCUACCUGUUGCUGUACUAUUAGUUGCGAACCUCAGGAUUGUAUUGGAAAUCAGAAAACAGCAUCGUCGAGUGAACACAAUGGACAAAGCAAGCGUAACAGAAACUUGCUCAAGUAGCAACAAUGCAAGCAAUAAGCACAGACGGAAAACAUCGCGUCAGGCGGGAAGAAAGGGAACAACGGCUUGUGUUCUUGUGGUGUUUAUUUUUGUGAUGUGUUGGUUUCCCAGGGGAUUGUAUAAUACUUUCAGGCUGUUUGGCAAAGAAGGGCCGUUGUUGAGGGAACUAAGCCUGUUUUUCCUGUUUGUUCAGUCAGCCAUUAAUCCGUUCGUAUACUCGUUUUACAGAACUGAUUUUAGACGUGCGUUGGUAAGACUUCUGCGAUGUCGUUAGUCCCGACUUCUCUCCAGUCUCCUCCACAGCUGCUAAUAUAGUUGACAUGACAGUGACACAAAUUAUUACCCCCUCCAGCCCCCAAUGACUCUUUUGCCUGAACAACUCUGUGUGAGUUGUUAAGGCAAAAGAGUAGCCCCAAGUUCAAUCGUUGCAGAGAAAAGAGCCUACAGCACAACCACAGAGUUCCUAGAAACGUAGGCUACCCUAGAAGCAGGUUAAAAUAGAUAAGAUAAAGAUGUAGGCAAAAUAAAAACAUGGAACAAUUUAGAUCUUCUGAACAUGUAGCUCUUGUUUGGUUUAUUUAUUCUCGGUACAUUUCAAGAUUCAAAACUUCGUUAUGUAUGACUCAUUAGCCGGUUGCGUCCCAGCAUUUUUUGCUGUAAUGACGCCUUAAUAUCUAGCUAGCCGAAGUGCAGCUGUAUUGUGAGAUAACAGAUAUAGAAAUUUGGCCGGACUUCCUGACAUUAGUAGUAAAAGAAAGGCGGUGCUUUAAAGACAAUUAAAUGGCUCCGCUAUGACAAGGCUAAGUGGUAUAAUUUAUUUAGCUGUUCUGAGGCUAUAAUUUAAUGUGUCUGUGAAUAUUAUUUGUCACCCAUGAGUAAGUACUGGAACAUCCAUGAGAAUUAUUCCAAGACGUCUAUUGCUAUAGGCUCUUUGGCGUGCUAUGAUCAGGAAAUAUUCGAUUCUGUCUCCCUGUGAGCAAUGCCGACAGAAGAAAUCAAAACUAAUCCCAAAUACCAGAAGCAAAUUGACAAGUCUUUUGCGGUUAUAUAUCACAACCUGAAACGGAUACAUGAUGCCAAGCCAACAGAGGCGGAACAACUCGAAAUUACGGACCCUGGUUCGUCGUCACAGCGUAGAAAAAACCGUUCAUAUUCUUCGCCAUCAGAGAGAACUCUCGUGGGUACGGAAAAAACAUCUUUGGCAACGACACACCAAAAUCCAACUCACUUCAUGGUAAAACAAAGAUCUCUUUCCUCCAUGCAAGGUUCUAAAACAGAGGGGCUAAAGAACAGAAGAGUGAGUUUUUCAGUGGACACACUUACCAGUUUUAGAUAGUGUUUGAAAUGGUACGAGACCCUACCAGACAAGGAUCGAAACUUUCACCCGAUGUUCUACACCGUUCAUUAACGAAAAAGGUCCGUCCUUGGUUGUGGAUUUAUCAUCCUUUCAUCUAUCAUACCUGUCAAGUGAUCGCCAUUUUCUGAUAACUUAAUGAAAGAGUUGUUUUUAAAGCAGGUUAGCGUUAUUAUUAUCGGGACUGAUUUUGUGAAAAGAUACGAAAUGAGUGAGAAGUGUUUUUGAUAUUUCACCUAACUUUUUGAGGUUCUUGGUUAGAUAGGACCUAUGUAUGUUUGGAGGUGGUAGAUGGUAGAUGCGCUCUUGUUCUGUCAUUGUAUAUUCUGCCUUUCUUUAAUGUUUAAAUCGCCAUUGAUGUUCGAAGGGCCACCUCUUACAAGGGGCUCUGUAAACUGUAUGGAAGGCAGGUUGAAAGUCUUGUCUUGGGGCAUUACAUAUUUUGAUUGCCAGACUGAUCUUUGUAUCAUCAGUGCGUUGCUGCAGUUAAGUAAAUCAUGCCUGUAGUAUAUUUUAACGCCGACAAAACUCUCAGUGUCAGAAGAAGACCAGCUAUUUACAUUUUUUGCUCAAAAUUUUACGAUUAUCAGUAAAAACUAGUCGAAGUCUGCGGAGCAAAAGAUUCAAAGAAGCUUGAAGGAAUGAAACGAACCCACGGGCGCAGGAUCCACGUAUUUGUCAAGUUCACCUGACUCGGAAGCAGUCGUCAUCUCUUUAGGCAGAUCAACAAGAUAGCAAAACCACGAUUCAUCAUGGAAAAGCAAUAAUUUUCAAGCCUAUAUUUGUCUGCGGUCACUUUUUUUAUAUAUAUACAGGAAGCUGGGCAUGCAUUCCAGUGAACUACUAUCGAAAAUUCGAGCAUAGUCAGCAAGGCAAGAGUUUAUUUUAAGACCUCAUUAGAAGCAAUUAAAAGGGUCUUUUUUUUUUUUUUUUUAGUUUAGGCUUUUACCUUGAAUACCUGGACAAACGUUUUUCGUGUAUGCCACUGAUAAAUCUAGGUAUUGAUCUCAAGACAAGCACAACGUAAUAAAUACGAGACUCGAGAGUGAAACGUUGUUCUUGUUGACAAAGUGCUGCUCAUUCAACCAUCGUUUGUUGAUGAUCCUUAGCGGUGCGCUAAUUCAGAGAGCGAUUUACAGAGAAGCUCGAGGUGAUAAACACACCUAAGCAAAUAAAGAUUUUAGGCAGUGAAAACGUGGCAUAAAAUCAAGGAUUUUUUUUUUUUUACUUAAAAUCAUGGUUUUUAUAAAGGAACUACCAUCUCGGUGAGCGAACUUGCCUAUCACGACAACUGGUGCAUAUAGGUGUUGCUCUCUCUAUUGUUAGGAAGACUCUCAAGCUAAUGGCAUUAUAUGAGUGUAAGUCUGAGAGGCAUUGAUUUGGCAUGGGACCAUGAUAAACUGCACGUAAAUUAGAUAAAGCUCUGGAUGGGUGAAACUUUCAUGGAUCCCGCUAAGAUAUACGUAUAAAUAUUUUUCAAAGCAUCGAGAAAACGAAGGAUCGAUCUGGAAGAGUAUUGUUGUAGGAUAUAACCCAAGUCUUUUAAUUGUCUUCUUUCGCAUGAAUAACUUGAUCUAGAUAAGAAUAAAAUUAAUCGU